AUGCCACAUGGAAUUAUACAAUGUUCGCUUCUUCACAUGAAUUAUGAAUUUGGAGACACAGAUUUCCAAUCCACAGAAGGAGGAAGUGUUUGUAGCGUUGAUGGAGACGAUUUAAGAUAUCCAAUCGAAGCAAAGAUCCAAUGCAAAGCUGGCAAGCCACCAUCCAUCAUUUACCAUGUAUCUGUAGACAACCAGCCAACAGAAGUUCAAAUUAUGUCUAAUUUUGUGAAUGAUAUUCCAAUUGGUCGCCAAUCGAACGAAAUCUCCAACUUAUUGAGUAUCCACAAGACCCUGCUAUUGGAUGGUUUAUCUAGUUCGCCUAGUAUCUCCACUUUUAUUUCAUUUUUAAAUAUGGUCGCAAAAAAACUUGGUUUAUCCAGUUUAUCUCUUUUUAUUUGUGAAGAAGAAGAACACGCGACCAUUUACAGCCAAUGCGAAGACGAUGAAAUCAAACCUUACAUUGAAAAAUUUUCCCAAGAAUUUUUCAAAAACAAGCAUAGAAAAGGGGAAAUCUUCAAGUACGACAUUGGAAACUAUAGGCUUGGUGUACAUUCUUUAAUAAUACAGAAUUGUAGGUACAUGGUCAUUCUUGCUUUGAAAUCUUCGACUUAUAUUUUAAGAAAUGUUGAAUAUUUCAUACACGCGAUCUUUUCUAUACUCAUAACUCACAACCACAAGAAACUCAGUAGGUUUGUAUCACAUAGAACUAUCGGAAAAUCAGCAAAUCUUUGGAAUUCAGACAUUGCAUGCGCAGAAUACGUAAACAACCAAUACUCAUGGUCAAUAGGAUCACUAUACAACAAGAAGGCUACAAAGGAAGUGAUGGAUGAGGUUUAUUUCAGAGUUCAAUCAGCUUUUGAACUAAAACUCAACAAAAUGAUCAAUUUCAUCGUUCCCAUGUGGCAAACACCAAGUUCUCGUUCUAUAUUAGAGGUAUACGCAAUCUCUACAAUCUGCAAAAUGCGAGAAAUUCCAGUUUUGACAUUUAUUGUUCGAGAUGUUACAGAAUUGUUCGGAAAAGGACUUUACGAUGACCACUUCUUAACAUCAUCCUUGUUAGGAGCAGUAAUGUUCGGUCUCCAACGAGUUAAAGGACAAAAUUUAGAAUUAGAAGUUCGACCAACCGCUGAACGGUUUUUAGGCGAAAUUCCACCGAUAUCGUUCUCUACAUUGACAUGGAUUGCCGAUAGCAAACUUUUGACAAAAUUUUCCACAGAAGAAAAAAAAUCUUUAAAUUUGAUCAAAAAAUCAGGCGAAAUGAUUGCCGCGGCCACUGUUCCAUUAUCAGGAACCGAUGACUUCAUGUUCUAUCCUCUUCCAGAGCUUUCUUCUGCUUUAUCUAAUGUCAUGAUAUCAAAUGGCCGGAUAGAUGAUUCGAAAAACGAUGUACGUGUUAGUUUCUUUGAUCUACUGAUGGAUACAUGUCUAGAUAUCCGCGGACAAUUGAAAAAAAGGAAAAUUUCGGAACUUGAUAUUCCAGAAUUAUCCGAAUGUCCACGUAUUAAGCAGCAUAUACAACUAUUAGCGGGUUGUCUAUACUACAAUGAUAUCGAUCAGUUCUAUUCUUGCGUACAAGACAGUUUUAAGUACGGAAAAUCCUCAUGUCUUAUUCAUUUACACGAAAAAGCGGUUAUACGACCAUUCUUGGUCAAUUCACAACAUAAAAACGAUAUUCUUACGAUUGUCAUGAUGUCUCUUGAAGAAGAGAAUUAUAUUGUCAACCACGGCUCAGUAGUUCUAUGUGCAAUGGACGCUCAACCAACUACUCAUCAUAUCUUCCCAUGGAGAUUCCAGUUCAUUGAGACAGCAGACUGCAUUUACAGUACAACUCCUGGUGGAGCUUAUCCGACCAUGUUUUCAAAGAGUUCUAUGGUUCACAUGGUCAUUCCGGACCAAAGAAGACACUUAGUGGCCCAACUAGAGUCAGGAAACGUGAACUUACUAAUUUUGAUCAAAUACGACAGAGCGAGAUGGUACAUUCUGAAGGGAACAAGAGUUGGUGAUGAAAUACACGGAAUGAACGUGUUGGCACCUUAUGGUUCCGUCCCGUAUUUGUUAAGACCUGAAAAAGUGACAAAAUUAGCAAAUACUCUGUUGAAGAGUUUCAAGAAACUGUCUGAAAAGAUUGAAGUGGACUUGUCAUCACUGAAUGAGACAGUCAACAACUUGAAGGACGUAGAAAUCGAUUUCUCAUCAUUUUAUUAA